AUGCGCCUCCUCGAAUCCCUCGUCGCCCUCGCGGCCUACACCACAACCUCCCUCGCCCUCGCGGCCGCCCUGACCCUCUCGGUUCCCUCAUCACCGGCUCUGCCAAACCCCUACACGCUCCCGCCUUCGACGCGCGCGACCCUCUCGGCGCUGGGCGCCUCCUUCUCCGCCCCGCUGUCGGUCAAGAACACCUUUGUCUUCACCAACGUCACCGCGCCCGGGUCGUACCUGGUCGAUGUCCACUGCCUGACGCACGCAUUCGCGCCGCUGCGCCUGGACAUCGCCGCCGACGGCAGCCUGUCGGCGUGGGAGACGUACCGCGGCAACGACUGGGACAACAGGGGCGAGGUCUACACGGCCAAGGACUUUGAGAGCGGCGGCAAGGGCUUUGAGGUGCGGGUUCUAGGAGGAAAGAACUACUUUUUGGAGAGGAGCAAGUUCUCGAUCCUUACCAUCCUCAAGAACCCAAUGAUCCUGCUUGGUCUCGUCAGCAUGGGUAUCUUCCUCGGCAUGCCCUACCUCGUCGACAACAUGGACCCCGAAAUGCGCGCCGAGUUCGAGGAGCGCCAGAAGAGCAACCCCAUGAACAGCAUCCUCGGCGGCGGCGAUGCUGGCGCUAACCCCAUGGGCAACUUCGACAUGGCCGCCUUCCUGGCGGGCACCGGCAAGAAGGAAGAGUCCUCCGGCUCCGGGUCCUCAAACGGCGGCGGCAGCGGCAACGGAAAGAAGGAGAAGGGCGUGCGGAGGUGA